GAGGACUCUCCGCUGGUAUUCAAGCUUUUACGAAACUCUCUGAGCUGGAAAAGAUCCUUGAAGAACAUGCUUUGAAAGACAAGUCGCUUGCGGAUGUCUUCAAUCUUCUCCAGCAUCCUUCACAUUCAAUAAGUCCUCAUGUUCUGCUCGGCUAGCAUUUGCCUCGAGCGCUGGAUCAGUGUACUCAAGUGUUUCUACUUUCAAAAGAGCUACCGGGUCAGUGAGUUCUUGUGAAGUGCAGGUUCCGAUGCAAAAUGUACAUAGUUGUCAGCUGAUGGACGGUGGGAAAAAUUUGAGCUCCUUCUGUGGUACUGGUAUACAAGCUCCUGCAGUGGCAUAUCCAAGGCCAUCUUCCGAGUUCGAAAUUUCCAACACUGUUUCAGGUGGUACCUCAAGAUCUUUUUCCAAUCUCUUCAAUUACAACUCUCCUGCGGCUAGUGGCCCUGGGUUUUUCUCGACGAUAGAUCUUCCUCCAACCAAGUUCGGUCGCAACGUUGAUCUACUGCAAAUGGAUUAUGGUCAUAACGAGGAGCUUCAAGAUGUUGUCAGUGCUGCUCAGAUGACAACAGCGUCUCCUUUUCUCCCUGAGAUAUCAAGUCGAGCCAUAAGCGCUGCUGGAACGCUAACUAACCAAGCUGAGCAAAAACCACUGAACCAUUUUCUCACUUGGAAAAAAAAACUGGAAGAUUUGAAUGAGAAGUAUCAGACCCUGCGAUCUUUGGUUGCAAACCCUACAAAGGCUGAUCGAGUUUCCAUUCUCUCAGAUGUUAUCAACAUGAUACAUGAUCUGAAAAAAGAAGAAGAAAGUUUGCUGGAUGAAAAGCAGAAAAGGCAGCAUCGGAGACAGUUGAGACUUGAGAUGAGAGCCAAUGGAAAACGUCAGAGAACGAUGGAAUCUGAAACAGGUGUCAAAGAAGUACAAAGCUUGUCUAUGGAAGCACUGUGCAACAGAAAGGUUUCCAAAAAUGGGACGGAGAUCGAAGUUCGCAUAGUUUGUGAUGAGGUGGAUAUCCACAUCAGCCAGAAACAUAUGCCCCGAUUUCUUAUCCGAGUCAUCACAGCGAUAGAAGGAGGAUUGAAGCUUGAAAUCCUUGAUUGCUGUGGCGGUGUUAUACACAAUUGUGAUGUUUACAGAUUCAGACUUAAGGUACUUCAUAUACAUCCGAGAGAAUGUGGACAGAUUUAGUGAGGAAUGGAAACCAAGUUUUUCAUAUCCUGCGCAGAUUCUGCAUAUAUACUUGAAGUUUUAGAAGUUAAGAGCUCGAGUAGCUUGUAUCUGGAGCAGUGUAUCUGUUGACUAAGAAAUGUAAUAUUUUUUUGCCAGAUUCAAGGACAUUCGUGCAAGUUCAUGGAAGGAAUCAUGACAAAACUCCUAGAUAUAUUUGAUGCAGUUUUUUAAGG